UACACGAGUGUAGUCCAGUACUCAUUCAUUCAUCCUGCAUAUAUGUACAUAUAUACUUGAGACAUAUAUAUGUACAUAUAUAUCGGACAGUUGAGUAGUCUGAGUACUUACAUCUACAUAGGACAGAUAGCGAGAUCAUCACAUCUAAGCCUAAAAGUAUUUAGCAGUGGGGCUCGCACACCAACACAGCAGCGGCGCAUCUGCACACGGGCACUACACUCACACAGCGAGAGCUUACACGGACUUAUAUAUUAGUGCCGCGGUAAUGUCGGGAAGUGACAGCCCAACGUUUUUUCACGGCCAACCUUGGUCCAGCUGGAUCGAAAGAAUCGGCAGAGACAAGCCACUGAGUGAUGAGGAACCAGAAGCUGAACCAGCGAGCUCCGUUACUCGCCUCUCGGCAGAUGACAUUGAUCUCUAUGGAUUCUGCCCGGAGAGAGACACAUUCUAUGGCGUCGUCUGCGAAAUUUGCAAUGCUAUCGUCAAACCUCAGGCUCUCAUUCAACAUAUGGAGAGCCGACAUUCCUCGGGAACAGUCAACUUACCACCACCAUCAACACCAGCGUCUAAAACCCCCGUGAAAACCCCAUAUUGCAAAGUCUCGAAGCUCACAAAAAAGGGCCAACCUACGACGCCCUCCUCGGCAGGGACCGCCGCUGGCGGGGGGACUAGCUCAAACACGAGCAAUUCGAAAAUCAACCACUCGUCUGUCAAAAGAAACGCCGAGCAAGCGAAUCUCCAGCAGCCGGCGUUGGCAAACGCGUCGCCGCGGUCUCCGCUCGAGCCGAUUGGGAUCUCCGGGAACUCAUCAGUCAGCGGGGUGCCCUCCAGUCCCGUCAAAAGCCCCGGCAGCAAUGGGAACAGCAACAGCAGCAACAACGGCGCGGCAAACUCGAUCGGCACAACGUCUGCGUCCGCGACAGGACCUGGACAGAGGCGGAAACGCCUCAAAGCAGAUCGCGGACUCGUCAAAGACCGCGAGUACGACCCGGACAGGCACUGUGGUGUCUGGAUCGAAGACUCGGGGAAAACCUGCACCAGGUCCCUCACCUGCAAGGCUCACACGGUCUCGUUGCGCAGAACAGUCAUCGGUCGGAGCAAAAGCUUCGACAAGCUCCUCGCCGAUCAUCGGGCUUCGAAGGAGCUCCCGAAUAGGACACCGAAAGUAACCGUCACUGGGACCGUCACCGUAUCCACGGCUUCUGUUUCUGCAUUGACCGGAAGUUCCGGGGUGACUGCUGGUGUUGGUGCUGUUGGAACCACCACUGACACAGAUGCUCCUGGUUCACCGCCUGUUUUAUCUCUGCCGGACACUUAUCCACUGCCAAAGGCUGUUGAUUUGCUUUAUCGGUGUCUGGCCCCGCAUGGCUCCACUAAACCUACUAAGCUGGAAGAGGAUUUUGCAAAUGAGGAAUUAAGACUGGAGGCCUCAAGGUCAGCUGCUGCCACUGCUGCCACGGCAUCCUCAUCCCCGUCAACUGCCCCAUCAUCAGCGUCAACCACAUCCAAGUCAAUGCUGCCGCCAAUAUCCGUGGUCCUGCCGUCCCUGUCGCCGAUAGCCAACGACACGCCUCAGCACAUAGCAACACUCAUUCCCGUCACCUCGAGUCUCUCCUCGGUUGUUUCAGCGUCGCUGGCGGCUCCCCAAGCUCAACUACCCAGUACCGUGCUCGAGGGAGAGACCACUGGAGACGACGAGUCCGAGAGCAUGACUCUCUACUCGCCAGUCUCCAUUUUCAAAGACACAAAGUCCCAAGUUGUCAUGCAAGUCCCUCGAUCCAACAACACCAUCACCGCCAACAACUCAAUCAGUAACAGCAACAGCUUGCUCCAGUCGCCUGUGCAACACCAGUCAUCAGCAGCAACAGCAUCAUCAUCCAGAAACAGUUAUCAAGGCUCGUCGAUGCCCAGUCUUGCAUUCGAUGACCAACUGGAGCAUCCUAAGCUCGCCAAUGGCAAAAGGCUCAACAAUAACAGCAACAUCAACACAAACCAUAAUAAUUCUCUUCUUCUCAGUCCCAUUGGCAGUAGCAGCAGCAGCAGCAGGUCCUCCAAGCGUAGCAAGCAUGACUACCAGGCGGAAUUCCCUAGAGCUAUCCAGGUAGAAGCAACCACAACUUCUACGCCCUUUUCAUCACACUUCAGUGAUAUCGCCUGGUCAAAUUGCCAUCCGGAACCUCUCGCGGUCAGCCGCUGGCUCCGUAUCACCUCCAGCCGUAAGCAGUACAACUUCAAUAUUCACUGACAUAAGAUCCCACCCACUCCGGGCUGAGGACUCGAACAUGCAGCUGCUGAUAAUGAUGACCGUAUGCCUUGUUUGCUUCUUCGCCAGUUACUGCAGUGCCGAGUCCAAAGCCCGUCGAGUGGGGUCACUAACAUUCGUCAUAAUCAUAACAAUCAUCAACUCUAGCUUUUUUUUUUUUCUCAAUUAUCACUAUCGCUACUAUCAAUAUUCAAGAGUUUUAAAUUCAAAUUAAAAUAACUUUUUAACAAAUGACGAUUGAAUUGAUUUCUUCCGGGCUUUUUUUAAAAUGAUUAUUGGGAUUUAGUGACUUUUAAUUCGCAAAAAAAAAAAAAUUAUUUUAAAUGUGCAUGACUGCUGUAUAUAAUCACGGCUUAGAUUGUUUUUUAAUACUGUAAAUAUUUAUUAUUAUUAUUAUUAUUAUUUUUUAUUAAAUUGACACUAGGAGUUAGCUACAAGUAAAAAUUACGUCGCGAAACAUUCGUAUUAAAUGUUUAUAUUUUUUUAUUAUUAAUGUGAUCUCUUUGUUUUUUUUGUCUCUGUCAUUAAUUAUGCACGCGAAUUAGUAUAAAUUAAUAAUAUUAAAUUUUUUUUACUUUAAAUGAGUACGGGUAUUAAAUAAUUAACAAAAACACUCCAUUUUUAAAAAUACUUACAUAUAAUUUAAUAAAAAUUGCAUUUACGUUAGACAAUUAUUAUUAUUUAAUUAUUAAAAAUAAUUGCAUCGAAUUAAUAAUUAAUCGCCUAAAAAUGUUAACACUUUUAAUUUAUAAAUUACGCAUAACAAAAAUAAAUAAUUAGAUAUAAUUAUACAUAAAUUAAAUAUUCGAGGCUAUUUGUUUGUAAUUAAAUUAAAUUAAAUAUUAAUAAUAAUGUAUAAUUAUAUUUAGUUAUUAAUCAGUCUAAUUAAUAUUAAGGCAUCUUAAUAUUAAUCACAAAUAAAUCGAACAAACAAUUAAAAAAAAAUAAGUCCAUUCAUAAUUAACGAGUAUUAGUUAUUGCUAGUAUUCAUUUAAUAAAUAUGUCCCGUGUGAGUUGUUAUUAUUAUUAUUAUUAUUAUUAUAUUUAAUUAUAAAUGCUCAAUAAAAAUAGACGAAUGGCAAUAACGUCAAACAUAUAAAUAAAUAUAUCCCACACGUUAAGUCAAGUCAGUUAUGUAUGUAAAAUAAUUUAUAAUAACAGUAGUGUUUGUAAUUAUUGUUAAUCUAAGACUGCUCCUGUCCGUGUUUUUUUUUUUUUUUAAUUGCAAAGACACUUAUUUUCAUUCGUACGCUUAAAAAUAUGUGUAUACUCUUUUAUCAAAGUUAUAAUGAUAUUAUAUUUGAUUUAUUAUUUAGUUAUUUUAAUUAUUAUAUGUAUAGAUAUGUAAUGUGUGUUAAAUUUAAUCUGAGACCUUUGGGUUUUUACAAAUACCUCGAUAAAUCUUUGCCUCAUAAUAAAUAAUUUUUUAUUUCGCGUGAAUGAAAAGAGAUGGAAAAGUUAUUAAAACAAGUAACUUUUUAAAAGUCGAGUUCUAAUUAUUUAAUUUUUGGUGUAAAAGCUGAUUAAAAUGGCAGGGUUUUAAAACUUGCAAACAAUCCGCCAGAGUCGGAAAUGGCGUUAGCAUUGAAAAGCUAUAACUUUUAACCUCAAAAUUUUUGAAUUACUUUUGGAAAAGUAGAGCGCGACUUUUAAAUUUAUUUCACGUGAAUGAUAAGCGAUGAAAAAGUUAGUAAAAAAGUAAUUAUGUAAGAGUCAGGCUCUAAUUGUUUAAUGUUUCGUGUAAAUGCGUGUUGUAAAAAAAUGGCGGGGUUUCAAAACUUGGAAACAAUCCGCCAGAGUUAAAAAUGGCGUUAGCGGUAAAAAGUUUUAACUUUAAACCUAAAAAUUUAUAAAAUAAUUUUGGAAAAGUGGAGCUAGACUUUUAUAUGAUUGAAAAAAAGGUAUGACCGAGUAGUUUCCUCAUAGAUUGUGAUAUUUAUGCGUAAUGUAGGAUACUGAGGAAAAAUAGGCUAAAAAAUGUCCCUGCUGUUGAUUUUUCAGAGUUAUGUGCUUCCUUGUAUACUUUUAUUAAUUUAAUUAAACAACUAAUUCCUUUUGUUUAAAAUCUAAACUGACUCUCUGAAAAUCAACAAGGUUUAAAAUUUUAAAAAUUGCUAAACUUGCCAUUUAAAAGUAUAUUUAUGAGCAGUUGGGCAGCUUUACUUAAAAAUUAAAGUGUUCAGUGACAUUUUUAUUUAUAAAACUUUGUAAAUCCGGUGUAAAUUACAAGACUCGUCGGUUUAAUUAUUUUAUUAAACUUAAAAAAAAAAAAAAUAUGCUUGUGUUAAAUUUAAUCGGCGAGUUUUGUAUAUUUGUUUACUAAUUACUUUGUUUGUUAUAAAAAGUACAAUUAAGAUGAGUGAGAUAUUCCAAAUAAUUGUGCAUCUGUAGUCUAAUCGUAUUGGUAGUACAUGUAGAAUUAUUAUUAUUAUUAAAAAUAAAUAAUUAAAUAAAAAGAAAAUAAUAGAUUGCGUGAUUAAGUUGUUAGGCGACUAGUUAUAAAAAACGAUUGAUAAACAAUGAGAUGACGUAUUGUUCACAUGUAUUAGAUUUAAUUAUUAAAAGUGUAUGUACAUAUAGAAAGAAAAAGUAAAAAAAAACAAACUGACGUAAGAUUGUAAAAUAAAUUACAAUUACCUAUAGUCUGUUUUUGUGGAGAGUAAACGCGGAUUGUUGUAGAUAAUCUACGUAAUAAAAAUAAAAACAAACAAAAAAAAUAUUAAUUAUUAUUAAUAUUGAUAAUUAUAAUAGAACAUAAUAGUAAAUAAUGUCAUUUAUUUUUUUACAUGUCGUAGAAAGCUCUUCCGUAAUUAUAAAAAAAAAACACUACCAUUUUUAUUAUUAUUUUUAUUUUAUUAUACCGCGGAAUGUGAAAUGAAUAAGUCAAGUCAUUAUGGUAAUUUUAGCGACUUGCGUUUUCUCGGUUAUUCAAAUACUUAGAAGUUUGCCGUUUGAAUUAUUACCUUUGCUAUUUAUUGUAACUAUUUGUUUUGUUUUUUUAUAUUAAUGUACUUAGAUAACUAGGCGUCAGUUAAAUACUAGAAUUAACACUUGAAUAAAUAAAUUUUAUUCGCGUAAUGACUUGGGUUCAUUUCAUGAUCCAUCAAUAAUUUUUUAAAUUUUAACAAAACGUUUGUGGCAUUUAAUUAAAAUAUAUGUUUUAUAUUUAUUUAUAUAUUAAGUCUUUUUUUUCCUUUUUCCUUAGGCACUAAUUUAUUAACACUUUUUUUAAAUUUAUUUAUUUAAAUAAUUGAAAAUUGUUAAGAAAUAAUCGAAAAGUGGUGAAAAAUAAAAAUUAAUUAAAUUUCUGGGAUUAUAAUACAAAAACAGGAUUAAUUUAAAAUUACUAAUAAUUAAUAAUAAAUAGGCUUCAUAUAUAUGAAAUGAUAAAAUAAAUAUGGCGACUUAACCUUAUUUAGCCGCCAUUUUGUCGACAAGUAACUCCAUUUUGUGUUCGUCUACUUGUCUGCUCUUUUAAAAAUAAAAAACAAAUUAAUCCAUGAAAUAAAUGUAGACCACAAAAAAAGGACACUUCCUUAAUUCUUUUAUAAAUAGUAUUACUACAAUAACAUAAAAUAUAUACGACAUUAAUAGAAAAAACAUAAAAACUAAGCCAAAUCUUUAAUUUAUAAUUAAAACUAAUGGAUUUUUUAUAAAUUAAUCAUUUUCAUAAUUAAUAUUUAUAUCUUAC